AUGACUGACCGCACGGAGAUUGCAUCCUCUACAUCGGAGGACGAGUACACGUUUCUAGCCUUCUCCCUGGAGAACACGUCUGAGACAGUGGAGAGAGUCGAGAAGCAAACGGUAGGGAAGACGGAUGCUAUCAUUACCCACAUCACCAGCGCAGAGGACUCACGCAGCUCGACCACGCCGGAGAGUGAGUCUUUUGUGUUUACUACUAUGGCUGUCACCCCUAUUUCCCCAGCGGUGGCCAUGUUGUGCGGAUCGUCUGUGCAGAAGGUACUGGAGGCCUGCAUGGAUCCAGUGUUUCUCACCGCCUCGACAGAUAUGAAUGCCGAUAAUAUUGCCGCGGAUGUUCUCUCCCUGAUGGACGCGGCUAUGACAGUCCAUGUGCCUGCCCUCGCUGAUCUCUCUUGCCUGGAACCCUUCCUCACCGGCUACACUCGCUGCGAACGCAUCGACGCGGUACUGAGCGCGGCCCGUGCCUCCAGCAAGCUGAUACUGCGCGACGACCUUCCUGUGCCGCCCUCCAGUACGUGUAUGCUUUCAGUGGACGCGUUUGAAGGGGCCAGGCUGCGCGUCGGCUUUCGCAGUCACACUGCUGACGAAACUUACAGUAUGGAGAUGCUGAAGCAUCGGCUGCACACGUCUGAGUGCGAGGCUUCUCUUCACUCGUUGCUUCAUUACCGACUGGGGGCCACCACGUCACAGCAGAAUACGCGGAACGUCGAACUUUCCAGCAAUGCUUUGUGUGGGCAACGUGCCGCGCUUGCCUCACCUGUCGCUGCUUAUCAGGCACACGUGGAGUUGGAGGCGAGCCCGCUUCUCAAGGAUGUUUGUGAGUCUCGCUCAGACGACACCUGCGUUUCCAGAAGAGCCCUGCCGGUCGCUUGCGCGUUCCCUGUCGCGGUGGGCGAGGAGCCCGCAGGCAUUGCGAUUUGCGAGUCACGUAGCAUGCAACUGGGCCCGUGCCCCAUUGACAAGGAUCCACUCCAUGCAGGUAGCUGUGGCUGUGCCGCUGACCACCACAGGAAUCUUUACACCUCUAUGCCGCGCAUGUGUGCGCCGAUACCCAAACCACUGCUCACCAUCGACGCCAUCCUCACAGAUACUGAUUUCAAAUUUCAUGAGGAAACAGCAAGCAGCGGCGUGAGGGAGGCAACUUCUAUGUCCACGACGAGGUCCGGUUCGCCGGGGCCCACCAUGUCCUCCUCCGUCACCGCCACCACAACCGCCACGGAGAAGUUGUACAUCAGCAUGAGCGCCGUGCCGUCCUUUCACAAGAGCGUACUGAACGCGACUAUCGGCGCCACUUCCGUUGGUGACUUUUGUUUCCCAGCAAACGCUGUCCGCUCCCGCAGCCUGUUGACUCUCUGCGAGGAUUCUGCCGCUUGCCCCAUAGACGCCAGCGAGGCCAUGGCAAACGAGAAACUGAUGGGCUCGGCCAUGCCCCGUCUGUACGCCCCAGUUGACGUGUGUGCAGGCACCUCGUGUGAGAGCAUGGAUGGUGUGGCAGAGCCAUGGAGGAAGGGUUCUGCUACUCCACUGCACACGGGCAUGGGCAGGCUGCCAUCCACCUUCCUCCACAAGAAGGGGCUCAUGCCUGCAGGGAGUCCACCGAAGGCAAUAGGGGUUUGGGUGCCGCAAGCCCCGUGCCCUAUUGGCAGUUCCCUGAAGCCUGAUGGGGCUCCGCCUGUCGCUGGGCUACCCCCGACGCGUCUGCUGAUGGUACCCAUCCCUACUGAUAGUGUUUCCUGCAGCAGUGCCGACGACUGUAGGUCGGCGCAUGAAUUGCAGGCGACGUACCAGACGUCGCCCUGCCUCUUGUCAGGGUCGCACUACCGCCGCCAUGACCCAUACAGCAUGACUGGCUUCCUGGCGUGUGCACAGAACAGAAACACCUCUUCUUUAUCGCAGGUGAACAUGCCCAAUUCCUGUGUCUCGACUUUGUCCGCGCAGUUGAGGCAUUCCACUGAUGCUUACCCGAGUAGCGCCACUAGAGAAGUGAAGUUCUGCUUCCAAGACCCGCUGAUCAAGGCUUCUGCGUGGCUCCUGGAGCGCCGCCACUUCUGGCAGAGGGAUGCCACCUAUACCCCGUCAUCUGAGUGGGAGGGCGCACUGCACUCCAAUACGCACGACGACUCUUCGGACGAGCACAGUGAUGCCGAAGAGAUUUCAUGUCGAUCGUUGCUGAUGCACAAUGCUGCGGUGGCCGCUACACUCGCUGAACCAAGAUCAGCUUCAGCCAACCUCUCUCUGAGGCCUAUAGACGCAGAUCUGGCCUCGCCUGCCGGCGCCACUGCGGCCGCCGUAGCCCCCAAGUCGUACGCUGAGGCGGCUCGCCGAGGCAUCGUGGUCGCUUCCUCCGCUGUGGUCACCGCUGCCGAUACAGCCGAGACACAAUUGACAUUGUCUGUGCAGGAGAGCUGCGCUUCUUGCCUCUCUGCUGCGAAAAGGUUGUAG